UCGUGUACUAACCCGGUGCCACCCUCUUUCCUGCGCCUACAAGCUUCUCCGCCAGAUGCUGCCGGGAUUCGUUUCCCUGCACCUGUUACGGUACUCGCACCCGCGUUUCUCUCCUCGCCCUACCUCUUCGCCUAACUUCAACUCUUGUCGUUCCUUCCCCUCUUUCCUCUAUCCCGCAAGUAGCUUCUCGCGUGCCUCUGUUUCUCUUCUCAUCCCCUUCUACUCUUCAUUUACAUUGUCACCCUUUUCAACCCUUCAUUAUCUUAUUUUUAUAUCUUCUGUGUAUGUUGCGAAUUUUAUUUUCUUAUGUGAUGUUAUGCCCUUUAACCCUUUAUUCUUUAUAGACCACCGUAUAGGGGCAAUCUGUAAAGAAAACAGCAAAAAAACAUUUUCUAUGAAAGGUUAAUUGGAGCAACAUUUUUGCCAUGACAUACAAGAUGCAAAUUUCUUAUCUUUUGAUAAAGAUUGCACUUCUUGAUUUGACAAUAUCUCAUGGACUUAACUUUAGAUUACUUUAGGGAAACUUGGUUUUUGGAUCUGAUAUAAAUUCAAUACUACACUUGAUCUUGAUGUGAGUUUCUAUAUUUGUAAAAUUUGAUUGAAUAAAUAUGUCUUAACAUAGAGUCUCUCUUUCUCUCUUUCGUUCUCUUCUUCCUCUUUUUCUGUUUCUUUUUCUUUUUAAUGAGCUCACCUAGAAAAAAGGAAGAACAUCUUCCCCCCAAAUGCAUAACUCAAUUGCCAGGAGAAAAUGAAACAGCCAAUAACAGUCCAUCUAGUGGCAAGAGGUCAAGGGAGAGAAGCCGCAGCUUCUUGCGUUCUCUACUUUGCUGCCUUGGGAGGGGUCGAGGUGGUAGUUCGAGGAGUUCCAAGGCGAGUUCGCUACAGGGAGAUGGUCGAGGCUCGCCGCCACCGGGGACUGGAUCUCCAAGGUUUCUGCUGCCGCCGGUCAGGCAUCAAGACAUGCACAAGAAGUGCAUGGUAAUCGACUUGGACGAAACUCUGGUGCAUAGUUCUUUCAAGCCGAUCAACAAUGCGGACUUUGUUGUUCCUGUAGAGAUUGAUGGAACAGUACACCAAGUGUACGUCUUAAAGAGGCCUUAUGUGGACGAGUUUUUGCAAAGAAUGGGUGAAUUGUACGAAUGUGUAUUGUUCACUGCAAGCUUAGCCAAGUAUGCAGAUCCUGUGGCAGAUCUACUAGAUCGAUGGGGUGUAUUCAGAGCAAGAUUAUUCAGAGAAUCCUGUGUGUUCCACAGAGGGAAUUAUGUUAAGGAUUUAAAUAAAUUAGGCCGAGAUUUGCAGCAGAUCAUCAUUGUAGAUAAUAGUCCUGCCAGCUACAUUUUUCACCCAGAUAACGCGGUUCCAGUGGCGUCUUGGUUCGAUGAUAUGACGGAUUCCGAGCUAUUGGACCUGAUACCUUUCUUUGAGAAACUCAGCAACGUAGAGAAUAUCUACACAGUGUUGUGCAACAGUAAUCAUCCAUACAACCAGGUGGCAACUGCGCAGACGGUACCAAGUAAUCAGAGUCCGCCAGGAUCAGGUUCACUGGCUGCCUCCUAGCCCCGUCUGAAUCCUGGCAACGCAGCCAGUCUUGUCGCUCAAUGCACCUUCCGAAGGAUCCUCAGGGGACUGCUUCACGUGACCCACCAAUCGUUGUGUGGUCAAGGACCUCGAAGCGUUUCUCGUUGACCUGCGGAGAAACGUCUGAUCAGUGGGGCUGAAAGUCUUAUACCUUAAUCCGUCAUCCAGUGGACACAUUACCACAGCUGCUGGUAUCCUUCUUCCUGGCGAGCAACGCGACGAAGACUGAGUCACCUUCGAAGCGCGAGUGUUCUUCCAUUUUGCCACUGUCGAGGACGACGAACUGUUGUGCCGAAUUUGUCCUGUGCACGGGCAGGGUGAGAAAACAGGGUGCUCAGUGUAUUUGAAAAAUAAACCUGGCGAAGGUUGGCGUAGAGCCAAUUCCGGUCAGAAGUUACUUGCGAGAAGUCAACGAUUGAUCGCGAGAGAGAAGACGAUGAUAAUACGGUGACUAGGAUAACGCUAUUGAAAGCAAGUGCAAAGAUAUGUGAGGAAAAACGAAUAAGAGAGAGAAGGAGAUGGCGGGAGGAGGAAGAGGAGAGAGAGAGAGAGAGAGAGAGAG